UUUCAUUUCAUCACUUCCUAUGAAAAUUACAGCGGCAAAAAAUCUCUUGCUCUCUCUCUCUUUUAGUACUUUUCUAAUCAAAGAAAAGAGCAGCGAAGGAAAAAAGGGCGGCUUUUCUAAUCUUAACCACAAAAGUUUGCCAAAAAAGCCGAAUCCUCAUCCUCAAAAUCACGAUGCGGCUACAGGCGCCAUUUCUCCGCCACAACAUCGUCUCACCUCCAUCUUUAUCAUUAACAGCCGCCACCUUCUUCACUGCACCUCCUCCAAUAUCGAAGUUCCGACCGCCGGAGACGCCAUCCAGUUUGCGAUUGAUAAUGAGGACACCGAGGCGGAAACUCAAUGUUUCGGCAACGCUGGUUCCAGAUCAACGGCCGCUGGAUCUGACGGAGGAGAACGUGAAACAGGCACUUGGGGAAGCUCGUGUGGAGCUAGCGCAGAUAUUCGACGACUCCGUCGGCAUUACAGGAGUGGUGGAAUUGGCUGAAUUGGACGGACCAUUUGUCAAAAUUAGUCUGAAAGGUCGAUUUUGGCAUAAGCGUUCAACAGUCGUAGCUCGGGUCGGCAAUUAUUUGAAGAACAGAAUCCCCGAGAUUUUGGAAGUUGAAAUCGAAGAUGAGAGUCAAUUGGAUGAUAGUCCUGCAAGCUUUUAAUUAAAACCCCAUUUCUCUACUGUAGCUAUGUACUUUUUGACAAGAAUUAUGUAGAUGCACACAACCUGAUUUGUCUUCUUAAUUAUUUGAUUGAAACCUACCUAUAGAAAUCAUCUAUUAUUUCUAUUUAAA